AGAGAGGGGCGGAAGUGACGACUUGUCGGGAGCGAGCAAGGCCUGUUCACACGUGGUGCUGUAGCUGAGAUCACACCGGAGACAUGAAGCGGCCAAAGUUGAAGAAAGCCAGUAAGCGUAUGACAUGUCACAAACGCUAUAAAAUCCAGAAAAAGGUCAGAGAACACAACCGGAAAGUAAAAAAAGAAACAAAGAAAACUGGCCAAAGAAAGCACAAGAAAGAUAUCAGCAUUCCCAAUGAUGCCCCUUUCAAGGAAGACAUUUUGCGUGAAGCAGAGCUCAGGAAACAAAUGAGAGAAGAUUUGAAGAAGGCCCGGAAACUUGAAAGACAGAAGGAAGUGGCAAAGAAGAGAAACCUAGAAGACAAAAAAGAAACAACUGAAGCAAAACCGAAGGAGAAAAAGGAAGCCAAAAAGGAUCCUAAACCAAAAAAGCCAGUCGCUAAAAAUUCAGUUAAAUCUCUUUGCAUAGAGGUGAAUAAGGCGAUUAAGGCAUCUGAUGUAGUCCUGGAAGUGUUGGAUGCUAGAGAUCCCCUGGGAAGCCGAUGUCUGCAAGCAGAACAAAUGGUUCUUCAGUCACCAAACAAGAAACUGCUGCUUGUCCUCAAUAAAAUUGAUCUAGUCCCAAAAGAGAAUAUUGAGAAGUGGCUCCAUUUCCUGAACAAAGAACUGCCAACUGUCGCCUUCAAAUGUUCUACGCAAGUGCGUGAAAAAAACCUGCCAAGUAAUGGUCCAAAGGAAAAGCCUGGCUCGAUUGAUAUUUCUCGAGGGACUGUGUGCUAUGGAGGAGAUUCUUUACUGCGCAUCCUACACCGCCUCUGUCCAUCUCCUAAUGAAAAUAUUAAAGUUGGUUUAAUAGGAUUUUCAAAUGUCGGAAAAAGCAGCCUAGUUAACAGCCUGAAGCAGUUCAAAGUGUGUAAUGUUGGUGCGUUGAAAGGCACUACAAGGAUCAUUCAAGAUGUAAACGUUGACCAAAAUAUUAAAAUGACUGACAGUCCCAGUCUUGUGGUUUCUCAGGACAAUCCACCUGUCACUCUAGUAAUGAGAAACGUGUUUCAAAAGGAGGAUGAUGACCUUUUAGAGGCUGUUAGAGUGAUUUUAAAACAUUGUGACAAACAGCAGAUCAUGUUGCUGUAUAAUAUUUCAGACUUCAGGAAUUCCCUGGAGUUCUUAGACCUGGUUGCCCGCAGGAGAGGCCUGCUGAUGAAGGGAGGAGUAGCAAAUGUGAAAGAAGCAGCCAGGCUGUUCCUGGAUGACUGGAUGGGAGCCAGGCUUAGUUAUCAUACUCAGCCACCUUCAUCCUCCAGCUGCCACAUCAGCAGUGAUCAGAGAGGUGCAAUGCGAAAAGGGGUUAACCUAAAGGCUCUGGAUGAGGACAAUAAAAGCAUUAUUAAAGCCUUGAAGUGCCCAAGUCCUGCCAGCAGUAUUGCAUUUCAUUUCUCACAGAUGACCAACUGUAUACUAGAUGAUACUGAACUAGAGGAGCAAAACCCAGAGCCUGAAGAGCAGGAAAGUGAGCAGGAGGAGGAGGAAGACAAACAUGCUGAUGAGGAGGAAAGGAUGGAGGAGGAGGAGGAGAAGGAGGAGAAUAGUGAAGAGAAAGAGCCAACAAAGAUUUCUUUGACACUUGCAACUAAACAAACAGAUUCGGCUAAGGAAAGUGCUAGCAAGUCAGUCCGGUUUGAUAAACCGGAGGAAGAUCCUGAUGAUGCUUAUGACUUCAAUACUGAUUUUUAACUGAGAAAACAUCGGUACUAUUGCAGCGUGAUGGGCCCACUUUAUUCCUUCCUUCAUUGUAUGGGUGUGA